AUGCCACCAAGAAGGGCUUUGAGCUCAUCCGAUGACGAUUCCGAUGUAAAACCUUCCGUAUCGAAAGCUUCAACUUCAAAGCCAAACAAAUCAGAUGAUGAACCCAAGAGUAAAAAAGUGAAAAAGAACACUUCAAAUGAAGAAGGUGCAGUUGAAGUAGAACAGAAUGAACAAGGUGAUCAAUAUAUCAAGCUCUCUGAAGUAAGACGAUUAACAGUACGAACAUUCAAAGGGAAAGUCCUGGUAGAUAUGAGAGAGAUGUAUAAGGAUAAAGGGACAGGUCAGAUGAAACCUGGUAGUAAAGGUAUAUCAUUGACCAAAGAGCAAUGGGAUUUGAUCAAAAACAAUAUCAAUAACGUAGAUGACAUGAUAGCUAAAGUCAAUGAGAAAUAG